AUGGUACAGAAAAGUAGUAUGUCCAGGACGCCUUCGACCUCAACCCAGGAGAUCCAAAUGGACAUGUUUGACCAUCAUCCACACACACAGGUAAGAAGAAAAAGACACAAAAAACAGAACUGUGAUGACAGGUGCACCAAAAGACUGCGAAAACUAUUUUAUAGUUAUUACUGUGGAUGGUUUUAAUGCCGGUAAAGCGUGUUGACUUUUAAGGAUUAACAGGUUGUUCUGCUGUUUGAGUCGCCUUUUUAUCACCGAGAGUCUCUGAUGCGAGUGCGCUGAUUCAAACCGGGAUUUACUGAAUCUUUACGGGAGAAAAAACGCACCGUAGUGUCAACUUUAAUGGAUUUUGAUGAGUGAUUUUAUCCUUGACUUGUAUGCAGACGAUAUUAUUGUUGGUUUUGAUAAAUCUCCGAUAUGCAAUCAUAUUCGAGGACAUGAUGUAACGCUUGUUUUUACGCUUUCCGCUCAUUGGGUCUUUCUGAAAACCACGCCUGUCCUUAAUUAAUCAAUCAUUAAACCAGGACACUUAGCAUUGAUGAGGGGAGAAUUUGAGUUCUUUUUAAGAGAUGCCACAACCAUGUAAAGAAGAAGUUUUCAGGCAUGUCUUUUGGGGGGGCUGGACUUAAAUAUUUUAAGUCUUGUCUUGAAUCAAAAGGGCUUCUCUCCAACUAAAAACUCAACUUAAAGUGAUGUGUUUUUUCCCCCGUUUAUCAACAACUGUAUCCCUCUGCUUUCAAUGGUGUCACUCUCUUUUACAGCCACAAAUAGACUGUUGCUUUUAGGAAGUGACAUGAUGUUGUGGGCAUGUUUAGUCAUAACACUUUAAAUGGAUGAAAAAUAAAAAUGUUGAGAAUAUCUAGAACAAACACACCCACGCCAAGCUCGGUCAUUGUCUCUCUGGAGAAGGAGAAAAAAAAACACCUUACCACAGACAACCAACACUUCAAACCAUGCCAAGUCCUGUUUUCUCCUCUGUACUCCCACUCCUCCUUUCUCCUUCUCCUCCUUUCUCCUCAUCUCUCCAUCUCCCUUUUCUGUCCCCUUUUUAUUUCCAUCCUACUCUUACCAUCUCACCUCGUCCAGUCUGUGUUCAGGAUUUAGAUCGUCGUGGUGAGAAACAGAUGGACCCCCUGUUUGUGUCAGGUAGCGGGGGACAUUGUGUGUGUGUAUUGGUGUGUGUUACACCCCUGAUCAAUUAGAUAUAAAGUUCAUGCAGACCUGCAGUGGGUCAUGCUGGUUUAUGUAUUUAUAACUCUGACAAGCGGAGAACAGCAUUUCCAAUAUCCUGAAGGAGAUAGUCAGAGUUUGCUACCCAGCCCAACACCACAGAAGCAGAAAUGAGCUGCCAAAGAGCUGAUCUGAAUUCAGUGCCUGAGGGUCUCUCAGAUUAAAGAUGGGGAAGCUGAAGGCCGUCAGAUUGCAGAUCAGUGUGGAUAAGUGCGAGCAGAAUAGCGUUGAGCGUAUAAGAGAGUGAUGUGGUUUAUACUUGUACGGUUGUGCACCCUGCCAACCUCCAACCAGAAUCCUUGAACUCCAACCCGCUGUGUUCCCCGCAGUCAAACACACCACCCUCUUUAAUUAUAAACUUAUCUGGGAGGAUGUUUACCAACAGGAAACCUCCCUUCCUGGCUCCCUGUGGCAUUUCCCUGCCCUUUUUCGACAGGAACUCACCCCGAUCGAAGGAACCCCUGCACCCACACACGCACCCACCUGCGCCCACACACUUUCACUAGAAUUUAUAAGCUAGCUUUUGAAAGCUCUGCAGCCAAUUGCAGAACAUCUCUCAAGACCUUAAAAGGCCUUUUAAAGCCUUUUCAGCUGUGAUUGUUAUCUGGUACAAUGUUUUAUUUGUCUGUUUAUUUGCUGAGAUAUCUGAUGGCACAGCAGCAGCAGCUGCAGCAGGGUGAGCAUCCACAGUGUGAUCAUGUUUUCUACAUCACUUAUCUGCAAAACAAAAACUGGCAAGACUAUGAAACAGAUUCAGUGAACAGUUUGCUAACCAAAUUAGGAUUUGCAGGGCCUCUUCCUUGUUAAACCUCACCCUGAUAUCCUCAAUUCACUUAACACUUUUUUGACUAACAUCCCUGCAAACUGGGCUGUGCCUGUCUUUGUUUAGAAUUUUAAGUGAUUUGAUUUAGACUUCAGCAUUUAGCGGGAGGAAUUUGUACACAACCUCUUCAAGAUGAUGGUAAUGCUCAGUUAUGCCUGGGAUUUGUUUAUGGAUAUCUUACCUAGAUGAGUGGAAACAAAUUUUUCAGUCAGUCCAUGUGAAGCAGAUUAGAGGGCGUCUGAGGGCCUUUUCUGUUAAACUGUAUUCACACAUGUGUGAAAGCAAACUGACAAAUUUAACAAUAUAAUUGUUAUGUCUUUACUGCUCAUAUGUCCAUUUACAUGUAGUACAAAAGUCGUGCACAAAGUCGUGUUUCUUGAACUAGUUUUUUAGUAAGCUUGGGAGGCCUUAAAUGUAUUCAUACAUGUGCCAAAAUCCUAGGCUGCAUGUGAGAAAGCAAACUGCCAAAUUUAACAUAAUAAUUUUAAUUUCUUUACUGCAUAUACAGUAUGUCCACUUACAUGUAGUAUUAAUAAUAAGCCAAAAAAAAAAGAGUGCCAUCUGCUUUGUCUGGCAUUUUGGAUAUGUUGUAAAGAAUUAAACAGAGCCCCCUCCAUCACAUCCUACAGGAUAAGAAGUCACGCUCUGUGCUGUGAUGACUGCAAAUAUGCAACAUUUUAGGAGCAGGCUGUUCUGCGUUUCUCUGGAAAUUUCCAGGAGUAUAUGUGCGAAAACGACUCAGCAGUCUACACAGGAAGAUGCACAGUUUUUUUAACAGACUUCAAUCAAUAGUCAAAUGUCCAUUAAAAAAUUUAAUCUGGUUCCGCCUGCUAUAAUCACACUUUUUCUCAUCUCAUUUGUUCAAAAGCAAGAGACUAAACCCACAGUCCUCUAUGUGCAAAAAAUAUGUAUUCAGAGUUAAUCUAAAGCUUAUAAAGAGGUUUCAGCAGACUGGAUUAUUCAGAUGAAGUGGAUACGUUUCAAAGUCAUGGCCUUUUUAAGUAUAAAAUCCCCUCUUUGGGGUGUCCCCUCGACAGAAUUUUUCUACAGAGCUGCAGAAAAGCGAUAGCAGCGAAAUAUUCGACCCUCUGAAUCUGCCAGACUCCAACAGCUGAAGCUUCAUUUCAUCUUCAGAUAAACUGUAAAAUAGACUUUCAUCUCUCUCAAUCUUUCUCCAGCCGGUAUAAACAGGAGAGAGAACUGCUUUGCUAAACCUGUUUCUCUUUUUUUCAAUUUUGACUCUGAGAGUGAAUAUCCUGAUAUAUGCACCGACCAACCAUACUAUUAUGAGCAAUUCAGUACAGCAGCUAACAACUCGAAGGUCUACCUUCAGGUAGUGUCUGCAUGUUUAGUUUUUGUUGACAUGGUCAGACAGGUGAAAACUGUUCCCAUGAUUAAAUGUUUAAGUUGCAGCCAUCACCACUCACUAUGUCCUUGUUCAUAAAUCUGGAGUACCAUCAUCACUUACCUGAUCAUGUCAGCAGAAACUUGAACGUAGAAGCUUCCUGGAAGAGGGAUUCAUAAUAGAGCUGUUGUAUUGGAUUGCAUUAGACUGCCCUGGUGUUCACAAUGUUAUGACUGGUCAGCGUACAUCUAUAUAAUAUACAGUCUGUGGUAUGUAUUUGAAAAACAAGCCUAAAACAUUGGCAAAAAGUAUGAAUCUAGGGAAAAUAUUGAACAUUUACAUGCAGAGACAAAAUAAAAUACAUGUAGAGUGUAUAUCAGCACAGUUAUUAGUGAACACAAGUUCGUGCACAAAGUCGUGAUUCUUGAACAACUUUUUCAGCGAGUGUGGGCGGAAACAUUUGCCAGCAGGGAUGCUAGCUGCACAUCUACAUCUUUUUUUCACUCACGCAUCAUCACCCCAGGUUUAAAUUGAACACUGAAACUAAGAGAGUGUGCAUGUGUAAAUGUGUAAUGCAGUAAUAAGCAGUGUGUUGACUCUGUAAGUUGCCUGCAGAGGACCCAGUGGAGCUUUUAUCAUGUAGCACAGGUUCACAAGCUCGGAUUUUUGUGCCACAGGAGGUAGAAAAGAAAUUCAAAUGGAUUCCUGAUGAAGCGACAGAUGUGUUUUUCUUUUAUCUAUUCACACUGGUAACCCCUUAGCCGCAGUGUGUUUUUAUGUUCACACCAGUUGGCGCUGGUGUAACAGGUCAUGUUUGUUUAAAGGCAGGCAGGACGGCGUCAUUCAUCUGAGGGCCUGGAUGUGCCCUGUCCUACGUGAUGGGACACUUCCAACAGAACAGUGAGCAGAGGAGGAAGCAUUGUUUUUAAUGACUUGCUGUAUUUGUCCUGCUGAUUCAGGAACAGAUAUUUUGAGGUGAUUGUGUUUACAUUAGUUUACCUGUGAGUGUGUAUAUGUGUGUGUGUAGGGUAUUGAUUGUAGUCCGGUUGGUUUUCUAUUUGGGAGUGUGUGAAAACAAACUGUUUUUGUUUUGGGCCGUUGUCUGCGAAGAGAACAGAGUCUUCUUCGCACAAUAUUUACACUGAAUAUUUAAUACCACCAACAAGUGCUUUUUAAAACACUGUUGAUCUUUCAGAUUUUUAAUAGUCUGUGCAGCAGGUUUGAGCAUCUCUCCCUUCUUGUUAAUACAAAUGAAUACUUUUUUAGACUCAAGUGUUUUCCUUUUAUUUUUAAAAAAUAUGCCAGAGCUUCUUCUAUUUUUUUCUCACUCAGUCUUAUCACAGUUGAUCCUGUAAAAGAGCUAUGCUUGUGUAAAGUGGUCUGAAAUAAUCAGAGGACAAGACAGAAUUGUAAUUCUUCAUUUUUGGCUCGACAGUUUUUGACAACACUGUUCAGGAAGUAUCAAGAAAGAAACGGGAUUUGAUGCUGGUGUUAUCAGCCAGUUUCAUUUUACUAUUACAUUUGAGUUGCGCAAAGUGAAACAGGAGAAAAAUAACUAAUUCAUAGUAAGGCUGCACGAUAUUGGAAAAAACUAACAUAGCGUUGUUGUUGUUGUUGUUGUCAGCGGUGUUGUGCCGAGAAACAUGUCCUCCGAGAAUUGCAUGCACCUCGCAAAACGCGCACCGCUUAUAGUAGAGUGGUUCAUGGAAAUAUACAUUUUAAAACCCAUACUGUUCUUAUUUGUUGGGCUUAACAGUCAUGAAUAAAGUUCCGAAAGUAAUUCUCAGCGGACACGCGUUUUUCGGCUCAACACCUGCAGCCAGCGAGUAACUCCAUGUGCAGAACAUGUGCAGGGGUGGGUUUCUUCCUUUGUAAAUUUGAUUGACAGCUGGCAGGGUAGUCUGAUUGGCAACUGAGUAAAGGACAAAGGUGAUUGGUGGAUCGCUGCACAGCACAUGCAGAGUCACAUGCAGUGUAUCACAGUCAGUUACCCUUGAAAUUAACUGAGUUCAUUCACUUCAGACAUCGCAGGCUCUGCCAUGUGACUAUGGCACACACGUAGGCUACAUCGUGAUGAUGAUGCUAAAACGAUAUAUCGGCCUAAUUCAUAGAGAUUUAUUUCUUUUCAGCAAAUACAUGAUACCAUGAAGGAUGGUUAUACCCAUGGCCUCCUCAUUAAAUUAUAUAUAUAUAUAUAUAUAUAUAUAUAUAUAUAUAUAUAUAUAUAUAUAUGGCAUUUGUAAGGCCAUGCCUAUGUCCUACACACAGCUUACCUCAAGAUCCUGCAACCUAAAAUGGUAAAAGUCAGAUCAGGAAUCUGAAGUUCAUAAAAAUCUGUUCUGUUUAAAGUCCCAAAGCUGCUUUUUAUGUUUGCUCUACAACAGGGUUUAACAGCUAGGGUGAAGUAAGUGUGAUAUUUGAUACUGCUGCUGUUAACUUCAGUAUCUCCAUGUCGAAGUCACAGUUUGUCACAGUUUGGAGAUAUAUCAGAGCAUGACUUCAUCAUUUUAAUCAACCUUGAAAUGAUCAAAACUGACGACGCAGCUGAGAGCAGAAUCUGUGUCUGCGUCUUCAAGAGACAUGCCGCACAGACUGUAAGUUCAUUGCCAUCUCAACUGCAUUGUCUCUAAGAUAAUUAAGAGUUGUGUAAGUUGUGCAGACUAUUUGAUACAGUGGUGUUGGAGCUGCGUUUACAAAGAGAUGACAAAAACUUGAACGCGAAAACUUUAAAAAGGAAACUUCGGGUUGAUGGACAGUCACUAUUGACGGAACAAUUCUCACAGCACAGACCGGCCACUUCUCUGCCCUCUUGUUUAAACUGCUGCCACUGUCUUUAGACAAACAAGCAGAAAUCCUCCAGGGCAAAAAGGGAAACUGUCAUGCUUACUUAAUAGGUGUAAUUUUCUAAAAAUGGUGUUUUUUGUUUAUAUGAUCAGUAGUAGUGUUUAGCACAAGAGAUCUGUAGGAGAAAAAGCACCACCAUAGUGUUCUCCUGACAAUCCCAGUCCACUACAGAUGAGAGCUGGACGUGACUAUAAUGAUCCAGAGGCCUUCAUACACACAGGUGUGUCAUCGGUCGUAGAUGUUUUAAAGCAAAAAGUCACAUUUUGUAUUCUUAUUUGUGAAUCUUUUCUCAGCCAGUGGUUCUUUUUUACCCGCUGUGAGACAAACGCAGCCCGAGCCUCCUGAUUACCAACAAAUGUGAUUAGUCUGCGUUGUGUAACCAUGGCGAUAUGGGCUGGAAGGGCUCAUAAUGCGAUGCGAAUGUGUGGCCUCAGCCCAACCCUUGCAAGGGGUCCUCCAAUCAGAUUACAAGGUCCCAGUUUGCAUCAGAGCAUGAAAAAUGAAAGUAAUGGAGGGUGUUCAUGGACACAGCGGGUGCGUUCUCUCUGGUGGACUUUCUCAGUCUGAGGCUCAGGCUGUUUCUGUCUGACUGCUGAUGAUCAUAUUCAGGAUCAUCUUCACAUCCUGAGCCAAAUGUUAAUAGUUGUUCUGCUCCCAGGAAACAAGGAUUUAAGUGAGGAUACAGUGAUUAAAAAGCACUCUAAUUAAAAGUUAUUUAACUUUUUGUCUCUCUCUCUCUUUUUCCUCUGAAACCCUCCUACUCCCUCACACCCUCUGACCUCUCCUUAUCCAGGGAAAGUACGCCAAGAGGAAGAGCCGAUUUAAGCGCUCGGAUGGAAGCACCUCCUCUGACACCACCUCCAACAGCUUUGUCCGACAGGUAACAUCACCUCUAAUCCUGUCUUUAGACCACUAAUCCAGCAGCGAGACUGGGCUUCAACUUUCCAACUGUUUCAUUUAAUGAAGGUUCGAAUGAAAGUUUAAUGAGGUCAGAGUGAGGACUGUUAGUGCUGGAGGCUCAGCGGCUCCAUGGUGACGUUUGCAUCUUAAAAAAAAGUUUCAUCUUCUCGCAGCAUAAGUUUAGUGAUUUUUUUUUGUUGAAAAUUUUAAAAUCAGGAGUCCAACUUUUACAAACACAAGAAGAAAGAAGUUGAUGUAGCUUUUCAGAACAUGAGGGGCGACAGGUUUUUUCAGCUCUACUUUUGGGAAAAACAAAUAUUCAAAUUCAUUCGUGUUGUGGACCUUUUAUUUGGCAUAUUUUAAUUUUCUAAUUUUGGGAGGGAUUUUUAAAUAUAUGAAUUCACAUGAGUAUCAUAAACUCAUUACCAUCAACUAAAUAUUUAAUUGUUUGCACUUUACUUUAGCUUUACUUUAAUAAGUUUUAUAUCUUAAAUUCCCCAAAUAGUUUCUGUGCUGCUGUCUAUCACAUAUAGAGAUAACAUAAAUCAUCUCAAAACAACUGAUACAAUAAAAUAAAUGUUAAAAUAUGACUUUGUAAAAAUAUAAAACAUUAUAUGCACAGGUGUGAAAGUAUUUUUUAUACAGGUGGUAUACAGGUUUGCUUGAGAAGUGUGGAGUCUUCUGUCACGCUUGGAUAUCUCUUAAUUCUUAAUUACUAAAAUCAUCUUAACGCGAUCCUGAGCUGCUGAGGAUCAGUCUUUUUUUUCUGUAGAAUUACUUCAGCUGAAUUUAGUUUUCUGCAUGAUUUGCUCCAUUUGCUGUGCUGACGUUGAAAUCUGCUGCAGGAUUUCUGUCGAAGAGAGACAUGUGAAAUUGGAGGGCGUGAAUGAGCACACUGCAAGGACUGAAUAUAGCAAUUAAUAAGUUAUGUGAGGGUAUGAGUAUAAUGGUGUGAUGCUGAAAGUCCACAGCAGUCGAAGAGAGCAGACAUUAGAAACUUUCCCCCAGCUAUGAUGAGGAGUAAAUGGAUCUCAGUGUAGAUUUUCGUGCUUUCAUUCGCCCCUCAGUUUUUCCAGCGGCUGUCAUCUCUGGAUCAUUAUUCCUUUUAGUAUGUCUGCUCUGUCGCAGCUCUUCACAGAUACUCUCAGAGAGCCAAAUCUUUCAUUUUCUCAUCUUCAAACAAGGUGUAUCUGUCUCUCUGCACCUGUAUGAUUGUCACAGAUAGCCUACACAGUCAGCUCACACGUUAAAACGGCUUUGAUGGUAUCAGGGUAACAACAGUAAAACCCCUGAGACUACAGCCUGACCUCAAACAUAAACACAGAGAUUCCUUCAGGGCUCUGAUAGUGAUUAUAAGUCCACAGGUGUUAGUCUCACCCCCUCACUACUCUCGUCUCACCCUGACUCCCCCUCCUUGUACACAAAGACAGGAGCCGGUCGCAUCAUUUCGCUGUAAGAAGCUGCUUUCCUUCGCAGGCAUCACUCCCUCGCUACUCUCGCCGCCGUCCUGUCUGGACAUGGCAUUUCUCAAAGCCACCCUUUUUUCCUUGUGACCUCUUCAAUUGUGAGAGGAAAUGAUUUGCCCCUGCACUGAAUGACAUUUACCUACACACUGCUGUUGUUCCUGCUGAAAAUAAAGGGAAAAGAAUCCCUGUCGGUGACCGCAGGGAGCUGAACCCUCCCGCGGUUUCCAAAGGUUAGCUGCAUCCUCGCCUACACACAUCACCUCUCCUUCUGCCUCGUUCUUCAUUAACUCUGUGACUCGCCUUGCAGGUGGACUACAUGCACUGGGGCCUGCAGGUUUGGCAGAUUCAUAAUGGCUCACACAGUAGAAAGAACUCAUUACCCGUAGUAAGGAUGAUUUAACACUUCCUGUGAAAAAAUGUCCUCUGCUGUCCACACCAUUCCACAGCAUUUCACUCAUCAAGGCCAGCAUGAAGGAUUUUUAAUACUGCUCUCACACCAGAAAUUGCUUUAAAAACUGAGCCAUCCAUGCAUAGAGUAUCUUUGUGUGAUUCAGACUCUGCAUCCAUGUCCAGGUUUUAAAAAAAUGUCAGUUAUUGCUGGGAAAACAGCUUGCAGACACAUUGUAGGCUUUCUUACAUACAAUCUAUUUUAGCCACCCCUUGAGCAACUCAAAGCAGAGCCCUGUAUAGGCUUUACAGUCUCACACACACACCUACGCAGGAGUGCACACACACACACACUCACGCACACGCAAAUACGCGAGAGCCACAAUCAGCCAACAGUAGAGCUGGCUGGUACACUGAGCCUGGUUUCCAUGGCGACCGGGUCUGCUAAAUCUCCUCCUGUGUGCAAGCAUGGUGGGAUGGAGGGACGAAGGAGAGGAUGUUUAGAUGGGUUUGUGUUUGUAAGAGUGAAUACAUGUGUGUGUGUGUGUGUGUGUGUGUGUGUGUGUGUGUGUGUGUGUGUGUGUGUGUGUGUGUGUGUGUGUGUGUGCGUGCGUGCGUGCGUGUGUGUGUGUGUGUGUGUCUAUGUGGGUGGGUAGGUGCAGAGCUGGUUUGUGUACCGAGUCCAACAAAAACAGGCUCGGUCCUCAGUCGUGCAAAGACGGGCAGAGACUGUCUGCGGAUGCUGUGGUCUGCUGCUGGACUAGGGGAACGUGGUACAAAUUUGAUUUGAUCCUGCAGCUGUUAAAAGCCUAUUUUAACUUUUAAAGAUAAAGGUUUUAUUAAAGUAAAGGCAUCCCCUGAAAGUAAGACUGGAGCUAACUCUCAUGUUGUCUGUUUUUAAGCUGCGCAAACAGUUUGUCAGGUUGUAACAACUAUUAAAAGUCAUUAUGUAAGAUGCUCAUGUCUGAUCAUCCAAAACUAAACCAUCUUGAUUGUUAUAAAAAUCUGAAUUAGGACAUUGCACUUGACGAAAAAUUUGUGUCUCUCUAAUAGGAUUUGAAUUUCCCUUCAGGAAUCAAUAAAGUUCAUAUUCUUAGUCCCUUAUUCAUUUAUGUUGAACCUUAAAGACAAUUCUUUAACAUGCACUUUCCAUGUGAAACACUAGACUAACUCUGGGUCUAAAAAGAAGCUAAUACCUGCAGCUCCAGACUGAAAAGAUAAAACCAAUUUAACAUACCAAGAUCCUGGCUCAGGUAAAGGCUUUCUGCUUCUCAUUACACUCUGCGGCUAUUUUUUUGCAAGUCCAUUUUGCGAUACAUUUUUUUUUUUGGGAUGAGAGCUAACAAGUGCAGGUUAUGUAAUUCUGCUUGGUGUUAAAAACGCACCUGUGCAUCCUUAGUUUGAGCAGGAUGAAAUAUUUCAUGUUUCUGCAACAGUUUUUAAAGUCUCUGAAGGUUGGCAAGCCUUAUCAGUCCAGUUUUUGUGCCAUACUUGUGCCCCAUGCAGAGUCCUCACAAGCCUUUUUUGUCAUUGACAGUCAUUUUUAAAACAGGACGCUCUAAACAGUGUUUUUCGAUGGAAAUGUAAGAUGAAGGGCUGGGCAAUGUGGGAAAAAGUUUACCUGGAUAUAUUUUUUUCAACGUUGCAUUAGUAGCAUGUCUUUUGCAAUACAAUAAGUUACUGCAUCUGUGAGGUCUUUGUGUCUCUUUGACAUUUUGUUGUAAGGCGUUGCGCUAGAGAAAGUGGGGUUUGUAAACUUUUGCAUUGCACAUGCUCUGCUGCGUGGCACUGCUUCAGGUGGUGAAAAAAAAUUGAGAUAUUCCCCAACUUUGCAAGAACAUGUACCACAUGUACAUAAUUUGCAGUGCACAUUACUCUGCUGUUUGUCCGUCCUAAAAAAACAAAAUACCUCCACACCAUCAACGUUUUCGUGCCAGUGUUGUCAAUGAUAUCAUCAUCUGUUAAGCCUUCAUCUGCAUCACUCAUUUUCUUUUUUCUUUCACUGACAGUGCUGUCGGCUUCAUGCGUUAAAGUGCUAUGGUUGUGUGUAGCUGCAGCCUGCUACUAUACAGUUGUUUGUUACUUGGUUCUAAUUUAGCACAUGAUUGGUUCAGUUCAGCAGAGCAACUUCCCUUUUUGUUGGCUAUUCGUAUAGUCUACCAAAACAUGGCAGAAUGACGACUAUCAAAAAGCAUAUUGAACAUGUUUUUAAUUGAUAUUGACUGAAAUUCAUUUUGAUAUACACGUUAUUGUUUUAUCGCCCAGCCCUAGUAAGAAGUUUAAACAUUUUGGAGCAAGCUGAGGACUCUGCAUCUCCUCCAUAAUCUCCCUAAAUGCCUUAAAUAUGACGAAGUUAAAACCAUAAAGCAUGGGUGAAAAAAAACUCUCAUGUUCUGUAAAGACCAGAGAUUGUAUCCCACUAACAUUUUCCGAUACCUAUGGGAGGAUAAGAGUCGGUCUUGGCUGUGUUUUCAUAUGUGGAAGGUUUUGAGGGUCGAGCUCCUGAAGAAAGUAGGCCUCCUGUUGGUCCUGACAGAUGAAUGCUGGCUGCUGUUGUCUUGGACUGUAUGAAGAGCCAGCUGGUGGGUCUGCUUCUGGUUCUCCCAUGUCUCCACCUUCCUCAGCUGACUUUGUUGUCAUCUGCUGAGGAAGAGAAGAGGUGGUCAGUCAUGAAGACACGCCUUUGAUGGUGUCAAAGGUCGCCCUCUUGUGGACACACUGGACCCCAUGCACCGGCACCACCCUCCCAACCACGCCUACUUUUUACCAGUGUCCCAACUGAUUUAAACUAAGAGUAAUUUUGUGUGAUAUAAAGAUGUAGAGAAUGAUAUAUUGAGAAGUAGAUAACAGUCGCUUGCCAGGCUCAUUAAGAGAAGUUAUUGUUUUUUUGACCCCAGUCUACUGCUCCUGCUCUGACUCCCCUCGUAUCCUUGUUGGUCUGAUCCCUGUUUUUUGUUUUGUUUUGCGAGGUACACAGAUACACAAAGAGACAAAGAGAGGGGUUGGGGAGGGUGAGAUCAGAGGGACAAGAGGUAUGAAAUAAAGAAAGAGAGGUAAGAAGGGGGUUUCCCUGGACACUGCCCAGCCCCUCUCCCACGUCAGCCAGGGCAUUGAAUGGCUGACGGCUGCAUACCGAGCCUCCUUCUGGGUCUCACUGCGUUCAUGUCCCUGUUUCUGCCCCGGCCUGGUCUAAAUAUAUUUCCCCACUUUGCAAAUGUAGCACAAGUCCUGCAACCCGACGCCCCCCUCCACCCGGCUCCCUUCCUCUACACAGGGUUCACGUUCCUCCGGGUUGUGUGUGUGGGAGGGGGUGAGUGUGUGCGAAGGGGUUGGAGGUUAAGAGAGCGCUCUCCUGGUUUCACAUAUACGACACUCUUUUCUGGCUUUCUCUCCCAUCAUACACACCACACGCACUCUCGCACACGCACAAACACACACACAUGUUCACUUGUGCACUUGACACACACUCGCUCACAUUGGUUACCACUAUCUCUCACACACACAAACACACAUAACUCCGUCUGUGGACUCUGGUGGUGCCCCCUUGGUUUGCCGUGGUGUGGCGAGCGUGGCAAACGAGGUAUGGAGAGGACUGAGAGGAUCCAAAGGCCCGUUGUGGUAAGAAGGAUCUGGAUUAAUCCAGAGUUAUUCCUGCGUCUGACUGAUCUAGAAUCAGUUUGUGUUUGAGUUUCUCUGUGACGAUCUGGAUGAAGUUUUCAAGGUUCAGCAGACUCUUGAGCUCUGAGAUAUGGAAUAACUCUCUGUCUGUGUUCCGGUAGCGCCUUACCUUUAAGUUUGCGUCUUUCUUCCUUCGUUGCCCCUCUUGUGAGGGUGAUUCCAUUUUGGGCCGGGCCACAGCUGCUGGAAAGGCGCUGUGUUUUUAAUUAGACUUCCAGUCUCACUGACCGCCUCCAAUGCUAUGUGCAGCGCCUGCCCUGUGGCUGCUACAGGGGGGUUUCUUUUACGGCUGUCCCCAUGUCCCAAACAGGCCAAGGCUGGAGGUUCAGUCAGCUGUUAGAGCUCUAAAAACUUGAAUCUGGAUUGUUUGGUGUUUGCUGCGCCAGGCGGUUGUUACUAUUAUAUUUUAUUGAAGGCUCUACUUGAACAGUUAUUGUGAUUUGAAGAAUAGAUAGAACUUGUUUCAGCCUUUGACUAGUUUGAUACGUCAGGUGAUUUUUAGAUCGAUCAAUCCACUCUUCAAGUCCAGCUUGUUGUCUCGAAAACAAAGUAUUUGUUUGCUCUGCAAUCCAUUUUGAACACAAAGCUAGGUAGAAUGUCUCUUAUUGUCACAUUUAAGAGUAUAAAAGAAAAAUUAUGUUGAAUAUUUCCAAAGUUUGCCUGUUAAAUGACUGAAAGAAAAAAAAAGAUAAUCACAGAAAAAUUAUAUGAGAAGCCUGUCAUGCCUUUGUUUUCCAAAUGGAUUAUUCAAAGUUUCUUUUGUCCAGAGGCCUGCAUGAUAAAUCAAAACUCUCUGCUGCAGAACUUUUGAUCAGGUUCAAUAGAGGAAAACAUGCAAAUGUGAAUGUGUUUCCCUUUUGGAGCACUGACUUUAAAAUUGAUGUUUCAUGUUGUUUGUUUUGUCUGGUAGAUUUUCCAAAAAUGACCAAGUUUGCUGUCAUAAAAACACAGAAAAGAAAAUCAAACCGUUUCCCUCCAGAAUAAUAACCGAAAACAUUCAUUGUUUCUUAGUCUUUGAUAUUUAUUUUUUGUAUGUUCACAGCAUGAAUGAAUGUGCACAAUUAGUGACAAACUCAUUUAUCAUGAUUCAGACUGGAAAUUCAAUCAAACCAAACAACUUUUUAUGGUUAGUCUUCAGGCUUUGUUGCCCUGAUAGGACAGCUUGAAUGUGGUGAGAACUUACAUCCGUUGAGGGGUUGGGGCCAAACCAGCACCCCAGACCAUACCACUGUUUGAUCAUUACACUAAAUAAUGUGUCUACAAUCAAGGCCAGAGUUUAAAUGUAGGCAUUCUUGGUGCGUUAGUUAGCAGUUCUAACUCCACUUGAAAUCUGUCAGUAUUUUGAGGGUUUGCCUUCGGCGCAUGCUCCUAGACUGAAUUGUGGCGUAUUAUUUUUGGAUCUUAUUUUUAAAACCCCCGCCCACCCUAAACCGGUCACUGGAUUGUUUUGAGAUUUUCAGGAACACCUUGUUACUGGAGUUCCUUGUUUGCUUGUUAGUGAAAACAGGGAUUUCAGGCCAUGACUCAUCUUUCCAGUCAUCUCCUCACUGUCCAGCUGGUUGCCAUGACGCUGCUGUGACAGAAAAAAAAAAAAGAAGAAAAGAAAUAUGGCCUCUUACUGCCGACAGCCCUGGAGCUUCAGACAGAAAAUCUGUCCCUCGGUUUGUAGAAGUGAGACAUAUAUUCCCCUUCCUUACCUCAUUACUCCAGUUUCCUAUCCUGGACCUGUCUGGACUGAGCUCUUCUCAUUGUGGACGUGUUGUGUCUUUUUUUCUGUGUGAGAUGAUGUGAUUUUUUGUGGAUUGUUUGAUUCCCAGCGAUAAAGCAAAAAGGGAAAGGGGAUAAUGAUUAUUUGUAUGUGAUUUUCACAUUAUGUUGGCUGAUAAGUGUGCAGAUAUUUUUUAAUCUGCUGUUUCUAUCAGGGCAGGGGUCUGUGGGAUGUGUUAGCUCUCUUAGAUAGUCAUCAGUCCCCCAGUUAUAAGUCUGGUGUGGUCUCGUUGUUUACGGCAGAAGCAGAUUCAAAUCUUCGCUCUCUGACCUGUUAUCUGAAACAACCACAGGAAAAAUAUUAGACUGGUAUUAUUUUCAUUCUGGAUCAGUAUCUUUGGACAUUUCUAUUCCUGUGUUUUAUUUUUGAAAUUCCCUCUUUAAGAGUGCUGGUGCAUCAGGCUAGCUCUGUUAACUCGUUUCCCUGCUGCAGGGUGACUCUUUUCCAACCUCAUUAUUCAAAGCACUUGUCUUCGGCUGGCCCGCCCUUACUCCUUAUUCCAUUACCCCCCUCCCCACACACAGACACACACACAUACACUGUUGCUCUCUUUUUCUCCCCCUCCAUUUAUUCAAUAUCAAUGCUAAGGGGGUGUAAAUUUAUCAUGAUGGCAGCACGGCGGAGAGCAGAGAUGGAGGAGAAACACUGUCAGUUCAUUUUCUGGAGAAUCACAGAGUCUCACCUCUCGCUGCUUUCCUGUAGUUUGCUCUAAUGUCACAGCUCCUAUUUUGGACUCUUGUUAGUUAAAACUUGACUGUCUGCCUUAAAGGCCAAAGCAUUUUGUUUAUUAUUGUCACUGCCUCGCUAUCCCCCUACAUAUUGACCAGUCUGCAGCCUCACAGCACAAGAAAAUGCCUCAUCGAUCACCUGUUGAAAAGCUUUUAUGCAAUCUCUCCGCCGCUCAUUUUCCCUCAGGGUAUUUUAUUUACUAUUGAUUUCAGUAUCUCCUCUUUUUUUAAUCUCUGUCCAUAUGCAGCGCUCACCGCUCGCUGCCUGUAAUAAGCUGCAGAGACGGUUACUAUGACACUGCCGGGGUCUCUGGUCUGGCACCGCCAAUAGGAAGCCAGCUCCAGGAUCAGGUGACCUGUUGCUAUUUUGAACAGGAGCUGUAUGUGAAGUGAAGCAAGCUGCUAAAUAAGAGACACAACUCAUUGACAUGAGUGGUGGAGAAGAAGAGAGGGAAGGAAGGAAGGAAGAAAGAAAGGAAGGAAGGAAGGAAGGAAGAAGAAAAAAGCCUGAAGUUGUUCCCAUGAUGUAUCAACAGGUUCUGGUGGGAUUGUAGAGAGGAUGUGUGGAAACAGGUUGUUGUUGUUCAGCUGCUGUUUUUUUUUGUUUGUUUUUUUUUUAGAUACAAAUAAAAGCUUUUUUUGUCCAGCUCAAAAAUCCAUCUUUUCCUCUCAGCCCUUUCCUUUUCCUCUGUGUGUGUGACGUGACUUCACUGCAUGUGUGACUCAGAUCCAAGUGUUUGUCCACACACACGUAUUUACACAGACACACACAGUCAUCGCCUUUCCCUCCCACUCUUUCUUUGCUCUACAUUUUGCCGCAUCACUGACCCGUUGUAGCAAGUCGGUCAGUCUCAAGUUGAUUCAGACGUCAUUGCAACAGUUUUUCUUUCUCUCAGAGCACCCUCAUGGGCUCCCUGUCAAGGUUUAGCAUCACUUAGUGGGAGCUCAUUGUGGGGAUACACCUGCACGGUUUGGAUAAUGACUCAGAGCAGGGAGGUGGAGGUGGCUUUUAUUGUGCUCAUUACAUGCUGCAUGCCACUUGCGGAUUAUGCCUCCUACCAGAGUGGGAUGCGGGUCCACCACUACUGGCGUUUGAGUAAAAUGAAACAGGAAGUACGGAUGGUCUGUGGAUGCCCGAGGACACGAGGAGUAGCCAGCCAUUGCCUUGGCAACAAGGAGGGACUACAUUUGGUUGUCAAGUCACAGAGAGCCUCAGUUCAACAAGUGGCAGAGCUAGAAUCAAUAUUUGUGUUUGUCCUGUCAUCUCAAGUCAUAAAGAGAUGCAUGGAUGGCAAUCGGAUGUACGGAAGAGCAUAAACCAGACAUUUAUUUAUGCUUCAUGUUGCACUAUACCAAAAACAACAAAUAUUUCUCUCCAGACCCUCGUGUUGGGGAGAAAUAAUUGGUUUCACUGACCUCUUUCCAGAUAAAUGCAUUAUUUUAGUGUUUUACAGGGAUGCAAGAUAUGAUCAGAAAUAUUAGUAAUGGAAGAUAACAGCUUACAGACUGAAUUUAGCGUUGAGAUGUACAGCCGGUAAGUUUAUCCAUUAAUUAUCUGCCUGUAAUGAUAGUUUCCAUCAUGCAGGCUGUGUGGAAGUUCUUUGGAGAGUCCGGAACAGACAGCAGACAUGUUAUUGAAUGACAUGAAUACACGUGUUAUUAAUGAGAGAGUUAAAAAUAUGUUGUAAAAUAAAUAGAUGAUCAUAAUAGAAACUGGAAAAUUCUAGCACAGGAGAGACACAGUGUUCUUUACAAUUAAUAAUUAGUUUGAAAAAUUGAUGAAUUGUAUCCUGACACAAAAUCAAUUUCAUGUCUCUCUAGUAUUUAACUUGGUUCUGGCUUUUUAAAUAAAACCAACAAACAAGGGAAGGACUCAUGUGUGAAUCUGUGAUUAUACACACAGAUGGAUCAGGAGGCGCUGGUAUCCUGCCUAUAUGCAGCCUUUUCUGUCUGAGCUGCAGUAUUGACAAGCAGAUAAUCAGCUCUGGAAAGUUGAAUGAUACUUACAUGAGGUUUUGUUCUUUCACUUAACUGGUGCACACACUGCAGCAGUUACACCCAACUUAAGAAAAAUGAUAUUUGGUCUUUAACUUGCAGGAUGACACAUAACUAAAGUGCUUUUUUUGUGCAGUGUACCGUAUAAGGUAAAAAACAUCAGAGGACCCCCAACCAAAUUCAAACCUGCUAUGUUUGCACCACCUAGAGGAAAUGCCGCCCCUCUUUUCCUUGAACUUUAAGGGAAAAAUAGCAAAACAAUAAGCAUACAGUUAGCCGGACAUUUAAUUUUUUUAUUUUAACUUACUAUCUUUACUGAAAGCAAAUUCUGACUCAGGUGACACCACACCAAGAGGGUUCAUACCAUAGACUGUAUAUAGAAUGGAUGUCGUCUUCCUCCUCGCUGGGUGAAGCCACCGCGAGAACAGCACCCUCUGGUGACAGGCUGCAGUAUAGGUCACAAAUCCCACCUUCCCCAGCAAUCCCUACUAAGCUGUGGACAAAUUUUAGAAAUUUUUUACAAAGAAUAUAAAUUUUUCUUCCCCCCGGUUGUGAUGUUAACAUGUGGUUACUUUAAGACUGGUUUGUGCUCAAGUCCUCUUUUUUCUGUGCAGCUCCAUUUUUAAAGGUUUUUGGGGGUUCAUGUUUUUUAUGAUUGACACCUGAUACAGCCUAUGGGCGUACGAAGAUUGCGUAGCUCACCCAGGGGAUACUCUGUUUGAGCAGAGUGCCAUCACAGCGACUCUCCUGCCGGAUGCAUACAACACUACUGUACAAGUGGUGGUUCCUGGAAGUGGAGGAAAUCCCGGAAAUACCGAGAGCAAUUCAGCUUCAAAUUCGUAUAACGACGGAAGGCGGAGCCAAGUUGUCCAUAGUAUAUACAGUCUAUGGUUCAUACACGCUCAUAUUUGUCAUGAACGGUGCUUUUAGAUAACGACGUUAACCCUGAGGUGUCAUUGUUGAUAUUUCAAACAUCUCUCAGCGCAUCUACAGCCAUGUUUACUGUACUCAUUAACCACGCUAUGGAUGAUGUCUCACCACACAUGUGCAGGGAAUUUUACUGCCUCAUUACAUAUGGUGUAUGUCAUUUUUGCACAUUCUCACCUCUAUUUUAAAAACCCACACCUAGUGACUCACUUCUCUUGCCUGGCACAUUCAGCUGUCCGCAUUCUUGUCAGCACCUCCUACAAAGCGCCAAGCAGCCUGUCAGCGAGCGAGAGAGAAAAAGAGAGAGAGAAACAGCAAGAAGAGAACAAGUGGGAUUGUUAUAUAAGUUAAACACUCAAACAUUUAAAAGUUCAGGCUGCCUCCCCUCACUGCUGAGCGCUGCAGUGGGCUGCAGGCUUGCAGGAGGCUUGGGUUUUUAUUGUGGUAUGGGUGUCUGGAUGAGGGGUCAGCAGGGGGGUCAAGUUACCGAGCAUGAGUGGUGGAUGUGUUUGAAACCGUGUCCACUUCAUGAGGAAUUUAUUUCCACUCUGAUAUUAUAAACAGUCAUUUUUUUUCUCUCUUCUCUAACUUUUGCUGUCUCUACUUGACACACCCACACUGAGCGCGCCACACGUGAAAACACGAACACCUCGGCCUCGCUGCACCUGCAGUGGAAAUGUCGGCCUGUUAUUGUGCAUCCUCUCCACCUCAAAUUACACAGAGUCAGCUUUCAUGUAAUAUGAAGGCCACGGCCCCUUUUGUGUCCAUGCGGGUUGUGCUUCUCAAGGCAGUCUUGACACUUGGCGCAAAAAAUUUACAAAGACACAGACUCUCCUGUGCUUGUUGAUUUUUUUAAAACAGGAAAUAGAGGGACACUAGGAUUACCCAAAGAUGAACCAAAAGGUUGGUCUGAACAUUAAAACUGGGCUAUUGUCUUUGUUUUUUGCUCCUUUUGAGGGUUGUUUCAUGGACAUGUGAUGCACUUUAGUUCUGGUUCCUCUGCUAACCGUUAUGUAAACUCACUGUGCAUUUCAGGGGUCUGCAGACUCUUACACCAGCCGGCCGUCGGACUCAGAUGUGUCCCUAGAAGAGGACCCUGAGGCUCUGAGGAAGGAGGCUGACAGACAGGCUCUUGCCACACUCGAGAAAGCAAAGGUCAGAGAUCAGCUGCUACAUUUUUGUCCUAUAGCCUUUGUGAGCUGGUUGUUCUCUCAUGUCUUUGUUUCACUUGGUUUCUCCAGACCAAACCUGUGGCGUUUGCUGUGCGGACAAAUGUCGGCUACAACCCCGGCCCAAGUGAUGAUGUUCCUGUGCAGGGCAUGGCCAUAUCCUUCGAAGCCAAAGACUUCUUGCACAUCAAAGAGGUGUUGUCUUCUUAUCUAAAAACACAAAAAGGAAGAGUUGCAGUAAAUGUAUUUUGUUUCAAAGAGUAGAUUUACUCACUCUGGAGUGCUGCAGGGUUAAAAAUGUGUAAACCCAUCUGAACUUUUUGAUAAAUCAUUUCACCAAACAUGCCUAAAGAGGCUCAUAAAUGAUGUGAGGGAAAAAAAGAGCAACUGUAGAUUUGUGUUUGGGAGUUUUGGCCUCUCCUAACAAUUGGCAGUAAUGGUGGGUGUGAAUGCAGUGAAGGAUCAUGUUUUACUGCAACUCACUGCACUGUCUCCUUCUGUUUAAACUUGAGCCAGGCCUUGAGUGGGAGUUAGCAGUAACAAGAGCUGCAGUGCAAGCAGAAUUGGGUGAACUAACUUUGGAUAAGAAAAAUUUGAUUGAAAGUAUUGCUUUUGCUUCCCCAACUUGCCUCUAGUAAAAACAUCUUGAACAAAACUAAAAAUGACAUAAAAGCCAAACCAGUUUAGUUUGAUGCUGUGGCUGUAUUUUGACACAUGUUGAUGCCUGAGUAGGGCUGGGCGAUAAAAUGAUAAUGAUAUAUAUUGAAAAUUAAUUUAUUAAUCAUUUAUUAUUUUUUAAAUUUAUCGAUAUGAAACAUAGUCAAUAUACUUUUUGAUAGUCUGCAUUCUGCCAUGUUUUGGUAGACCAUACGAAUAGCCAAUGAAAAGGGUAGUUCCGGGUCUGCGCCGCACUGCACUAAUGAUGUGCUAAAGGCUCAACAGAUGAUGAUAUCCUUGACAACACUGGCACGAAAACGUUGGCAGUGUGGAGGUAUUCUGUUUUUUUUAGGUCGGACAUGAAGCAGAGUAAUGUGCACUGCAAAUUAUGUCGAGUAUAUGUUCUCACAAAGUCGGGGAGUACCUCAAAUCUUUUUCACCACCUAAAGCAGUGCCAUGCGGCAGAGCACGCGCAAUGCAGAAGGUUACAAACCCUGAGCAGAGCAAGGAGUACAUGGCGCCUGUGCAGCCAAAACAGCCGAACAUUCAGUCAGCUUUCUCUAGCGCAACGCCUUACGACAAAACGUUCAAAAGACACCAUGACCUUACAGAUGUAGGAGCUUAUUGUUUUGCAAAAGACAUGCUACCAAUAAGCACUGUUAAAUUUAAUCUUUUUCUAUCAUGAUUUAUAUCGAUAUCAACUGAUAUGAAAAAAUAUCGGGAUAAACUUUUUCCCAUAUCACCCAGCCCUAUGCAUGAGUAUUGUUUGUUCCUGCUGUCUGUGUGAGUGCAGAAGUACAACAACGACUGGUGGAUCGGGCGUCUGGUGAAGGAGGGCUGUGAGGUGGGCUUCAUCCCCAGCCCUGUCAAACUGGAGAACACUCGCCUGCUGCAGGAGCAGAGGAUGAGACAAAACCGGCUCAGUUCCAGGUAACCCUGAAAAAUCCCUCCACUAACAUUAACCCCUUUUUUUAACAACUCAAGCCUGAGUCACUCUUCACCCUUCAGGUAACAUAAAUCCUCCUAAAAUAGACAAAGAACACAACAGUGAGUCACUGGACUGCUCUCCAACUAACUGGAGAGUAUCCGCCUCAUAUCUGUGAAACCGGGGCUUUAGAUGUUAUUUCGACCAUGUAAAGUGCUUUUAGUGGCACAAAGGCUCUUUAGAGUUCAAAUAUAUCUCUCCGUAGUUCUUUUAUCCUUUUUCUCCUCCUACUGUAACCAAACUCUGUUAUUAAUCAGCGCAUCAAUGCUCUCUCAUAGUUUCUUAUGUUAAAAUUGCUGUGUGUUUACAGCAGAGUAAUGACAGUCAGCGCUCUCACACAGGAAGAUAUCUUACAGUCAAUCCCCUGAAUGUGCAAAAUUGUAUUUUCUUAGUAAUAAUGUGAAAAAGUUCAAUCAUAAGUUCAGCGUCUUUGAAUGAUUCAUGCUUCUUUUCUUAUUUUAGUAAGUCUGGAGGAAGCUCCAGUCUGGAUGUUGCCACGGGAACGCGCAGGCCCACCCCACCAGGCACAGGUGAGGGCAACGGGGUCUCCUUAUCAACCUGCAUAGCAGUGACGUAGUGUGUGUUUGUGUGGGUGUGUGUGAACUCUUGAUGAGAGAGACAGCCAGACAGAGAGGUGCCUGAUUUUCAGAUGAAGAUUUUUAAUUGGCAAGUUAGUGAAGCAUGAUGAUGAAUCACGGGAGGAACGUCUCAGUGGGUCGCCGAGUGAAGUGAGAGAGGUCUGAGGAGGUCCGUCAUUAGCACGCAGGACGGGACUGGAAUAGAGCCGAGGAUAUGUAACUCUUAAUAGACUUGAUAAGUACGUCUCGUUAUGUGUGUGAUUGUGUGAUUCUGUGAUUGUGUUUGUGCAAGUCUGUGUCACCAGGACAACAAAGAACUACUGCUCAGUGUCGAAGACAGACAGCAGGAGAGGAAAUUGCAAACAUGGGAAAAAUAAACACUGUUUCAUGGACUUAAGAGUUCAUAUCAACCAAUAAGGGACUCUGCUUAAAAGACAGUACCCUUAUGCUCAGAUUCUGGUCUAGAAUAGUCAUGCAAACUCUUGCAUGGCCAGACUAGCUGUCUCCUCAUGUUUCGAGCCUUUGAGCUAAGCUAGCUGUAGCUUUUUACUCAGCUGGUCAGUGCUUGGAGUGGACUCAGUGUUUUUAUUUCUCAAUGCUCUGUGAAAAAAUACAUGAAUCCCAACAUCCUGAAUGACUCCCUUAAAAAGUCACCUGCCUGCCUUAUCCGCCCCUCCCCCACACCAAACACACCUGCAUCACCAACAGUGAUGCAGACACACACUUGAAUCUGACCCCCAGCUUGGUUCCUUUCCUACUCUGUGCUCCUUUGCUCCAGUUCCUCUUUACACUUCUUUACCUUUGUUUUCUCCUUGUCACCUUUCCUUCAUCCUGCCGUGUUUGCGCCUUGCUCCAUAAUAGUCUGAUGUUUUCUUUUGUAAACUCUUGUCAAUGCUACUUCCAGUUUCAUCAUAUUAUGUCACCUUUCUUGAUCUCAGUGUUUGCCAUCUCUUGCAAUUUCCUCCAUGCCUCUCUGGAUGCAUCUCAUAUCUUACUUCUAUCUGCUCUCCUGUUUGCUUUUCUCCUUCUGUUAUUUUGUCCUCUCUCCUUCUCCUUUUCAUUGAUUUCCUCUUUAUCCGCCUCUUUCCUCCUUCUUCUCUGCUCCCUCUCUCUCUUUCUUCACCGCCCAUCCUCCCACCCUUUCAUCAGCUCACGUGGACAUGUCCACUGUGCCUUUUGACGUUGACCCCCUCGACCUGGAUGCCGAGGAGCCCCCUGAGUUCCAGGGUGACCCUCGCUCCCCCAAGGGCCAGUCAGGCAGCGUAACGUCCCCUCAGGCCAACGCCCACCGCCUGCCCUUCUUUAAGAAGGUAACAUGAGGAGGCUUACAGCACCUUGCUUUACCUCGCCAGCCUCCUGCUUCCCAUUUUUGUCCCCGGCUCCCACAGGUUUAGGACUAAUCUCUCCUCGCUUGUUUCCGUCUUUUCACUAACUCUUCACCACUAAAGCUCCUGAAUUUAACACUGACAGUGGUAACGCUCAGAAAUGUUUGGACGCUUGUUUUGUGGAUUGGCAGGUAAAGGUGCUAACUGAUAUAAUCUGACAUGGCUGCUGCUGAAUCUAUCUCAUUAGAUAGAUAUCUUCAUAUUGGAGGGCUGUUUGUUUGAUAAACUCUCUUUGAUCAAUAACCGCCUCCUCUCCCUUAUCCUAACCUGUCAGUAACUAAAUGUGUUCUUGUGUUUUCUACUUUUUUGUCUCUUCAUGCAUCUGUGUGGUUUGAAACUGUAGGUGGCCCGGCUAAACAGAAACAGAAGUCGGUGAGUGUCAGACUAACAUAAUAACACCUUUAACAUUUCCACUCUAUCCUCUCCUCCUCCUCCUCUUCCUUGGAAGUCUUUCAUUUUACUUUUCCUGGUGACACGUGGUGCUAAAAAAACAGUCCUGAGAAUACAUUUUUCACACCUUUCCACGCUUUUGGGCACACAUUAAGGCAGAAAUAUUCACAGGACCAUUUCGAAUUCACAGUGACGUCUCGGUCAUUUCCCCGGAGCUGGUAUCACGGCUGUCAGUGCGCAGAUGCAGGUGCAGAACUAUCGCAGACCCUGUUAGUCAGGAUGUAACAGAAACACAUCCUGACAUGUUUUCAUUUCCUUUUAUGAUGGCUGCAUUGAGUGACAGCAUCCCACAAUCAGCAGUUUUCUUAUGCUUUUCAGCAGAAUUUGAAUCACAUGUUUGACACUGAAGAGUAAAGACAUUAUACAGUUUGUCAGGAGAGAGACACAUGGACACAAUCUCUUUAAAACCUGUUUCAGUGUUUGCUGCGUUUGACAGUUUGAUUGAAAGCUCCUGUGGGGAUUUCAUUGUGAAACAGACUGAAAUUUUUACUAACCUGUCAUGAUAAUUAAAACUAAAAACUAAAUACGAGCAUCUGUGACCAAAUUGAUUUCGUCUAUAGUUAUUCUUAACGCUAAAAACUGCAGCCUCCAGGUAGGUGUAGGAAAGGCUGGAACAACUUUUACAUCUCUGAAGAGUAAAGACUUAAAGUGACCUGUGUGAGAGUUCAAACAGCAAAGGGGAAAAUGAUACUUUCCCAUAUACAAGAUCAGCAAAACGCAAAGUUUCUCUCAGUAGCUUUAGCUGAAGAGAGUUACUGUCUGCUGUGGUUGAGUCAUAUACCAAAACAGCUUAGCCACUGAAAAAUAUAAGAAGAAGAAGAAGAACUGAAUUAAUCCUUGAAGGGAAAUUCAAUUGUCUGUUGUCUCACAUAAUAUGUCCCUAAAAGUUGUCUAUUAUUUACACAAGAAAUAUUAUUUAGAUGGUUUUAAAAUCAUUUUAUUGAGAACAGUGCAAAAACAACCUAUCAAUGUUGAAAUGUUUUUCAGUGGAAACUAUACUGUAUGGGCUCAUUUUGAAUCGAAUGGCAGCAUUGCUUUAAAAGUUAAGACAGGCAGCACAAUGGAGAAAAGUUUCAUAACGCUUAAAGAAACACCUGUGUCAUGAAGCAGGGUUAAACAAAGGAAAAGGACCCAAAAAUACAGACCAAAAAAAAAAGGAUUUAUUAAAAAGAACUAAAUGAAAAGCAACAAAAAGAGAAAAAACACAAGAGGAGCACAGUAAACUGGCUCACAUACCCACAAUGAAGCAACAAAGAAACAAGGGAAGACAGAGACUAUAUACACACUGUGAAACGAGCAACAGGUGAGGCAGACGAGACACAGGUGAAACUCAUGGAUGACUAACGAAGGAGGGAAAACUAGGGGAGUAAAACCAGACACAAGAAAACAAGGAAUCAACUACUACAAAAUAACAUAGGAAACACAGAAAACUGACCUAGAGAAUAAAACACAGAGAACAGGAGGGAAACAGGGUCAAAUACAAACUAAAAACUUACAAGACUGGACGACAGGGGAACAGGACCAAAAGGGAACAGAAACACUAGGGAAAAUACACAAAGAAAAUACACUCAAAUAACAAAACCUUGGAAAAACUAAAUCAACAGAACAUGUCAAAACAACCUGAAAAAACACCUUGUAGCUUCUCAGGUUGAUCUGCAACAUGGAUAGUUAUUUGACAAAGGGCUGUGGACAGAGUGGGAAACUAUCCCGCAGUCUGAUAAAUCAAAGUUUGGCAUGGUCAUGUUUUUUUGAAAAAAAAUUUUAACUAAGGAAUCUUAAAGGUUUUGGAAGUCAAUGUCCUCUUCAGAGCAAUCAGGCUUGUUAUUAUUGUGAGGUCAAAAGCUAGCACCAGUGAUGGCAUGGUUAGCUUUCCUGAGAGGGGUUCAUCAAUGCUGGAGCAACAAAUGCAUUUUUAAGAAGACCUUUCAUAUUUUAACAGCAUAGUGCUAAACCUGGCAGCCUGCAGUCCUGACUUGGUACCUAUUAAAACUGUUUAUGCACCAUAAAAAGAAAAAAAAUGACAAAGGAGAUGCCGAACAAAAGGAGAUGCCAAACAGUUUGGCAGCUGAAAUCCUUUAUCAAGCAGAAACAGAGAAGCAUUUUCCUUUGAAGACUCCAGAAACUGCUUCCCCUCAGUCAUCUUCACUUUUGAGGAUAUAUUAAUCAGACAAACUCUAAUCACAUCAUCUCAUUAUUGAACUUUUGUAUGCAUCCUUAUUUAUUAAAAAAUCUUGUUUUGCUCUCCUUUAGAAAUUGUUUCAUAUCAACCCUGAAAAAAAAAUAUAUGAUUAACAUGUUUCAGUUUUUCUUGAUGUAAGGUCACUCCAAAAAAAAUACACUAUCUGCUUUUUACUGCCACUUUGAUGAAAACUGUAAACACGGCUGGUUGUAAACUGUAUAUUAACCUCUCAUCCAUAUAUCUAUAUUCAGUUUAGCCCACUCUCUGUUAUUCACUGCAGGACACUGAGCACUGCACUCCUGUUAUUCAAAACCAAUGAGCGCUAUUGUUAUGUUCAGCGCUCCAGCUCUCAGUAGAGACAAGAGCCAUUUGGAAACUUUUAAAAUAUGUAUUUUUAGCUGCUGUGAAUACAAAUGAGGUGAAAUGAGCUUCCGUCGCUCCGCUCUUUAUGUAAUGUAAUGUAGUGGAGCACUCCAGCUCUAUCUCAUGCUUUAAGAGCAGCGCAGCACACACACACGCACACAAAGAGGAGGAGGUGUGCUCAGAAUACAGAUCAGAAAGAGAGCGACAAAAACACACGUACACAAAUAGCCAAUAUCAGUGUUGUCAAAGUGUAGAGGAUGUGUGGCUGUUUUCACCCCAUUCUCACUGAAGAACUCAAUGUUUCUAAGGAGAACAUAUGCUUAUGGAGUCCUUAUAGAUGAAUCACACAUGAUUCAUAAUGUACAAAUAAGUCUAAAGUUCACGCACUGCAGUAUGGAUCCGCUUUAUGUGUAGUUGUUAUAUAGAGGGCUCUGCGGCGGUUACAGAUUCCUCCAUUUGCAGUAUAUAUAGCUUAGGAAAACCAUAGACUAGAGUAUAUAUAACACUCUUUGCACCCUUUAUUUCCUUUUUCAUAUAUAUAUAUAUAUAUAUAUAUAUAUAUAUAUAUAUAUAUAUAUAUAUAUAUAUAUAUAUAUAAAUGUUUGUGUGUUUUCUUUUAUUGAAGUUGUUUUUAAAUGACUUUUUAAAGAAUAACAGGGAAAAUUUUCCAAUUUUAAUUAAAAAGGUUUAAAAAAGCAACAGAAGGGAUCAUUUAUAUGUGGUCCUUUUAUGUAUAAACAUGCUUCUGUUACUAUGGAUCAUCAAAAAUGCUCUUAAUAGGAUUUAAAGAAAUAAACAAAUUUUAAAAAAGGUUAAAAAGGUUCAAGCACAACAUUUGAGGGAAAACAGGCACACAUUUAAAAUAAAUCUUAUGGCAGUGGAAACUUCAGAAAAGUGUACUAAUUUUAAAUUCCCUGCAUAUUUUUUCAUGUAGGAUGGAUCAAGGGUUUAGAAAACACAUUUUCAGAGCAAGAAUCGCACUGCAACUGCAACCGCCAGAAAUAACCCGACAUCUCACACCAAGAGUUGAUGUAUAACAAAAAGAGAAAAGUGUGAGGAAUGAUGACUGUGUUAGUCACGAGAGCCUUCCUAACACUCUGCUUUAAUUAUGGACCUUAAAUUAAAUGUGAGACAGCAGAUGAAGAAAAGGAGGCGAGUGCUUUCAGUGAAAAAUGGAUCCCUGCCCUCAAACAUUCAGAGCUGGUCAAUAAACCGAAUAAACUCUGGGGUUUGAGACUCACUAUCCAUCAGACUGAGCACUCCCAGAGGGGAGGAGGACAAGGCAGAGAGGGCGUCUGCGUCGGGUUAAUGUUAAUGCAUAUGUGACUGUACAUCAGUGUGAAGAGUUUUGAGUUGGCAUGCUCGGAAACAACAUGACAGUGUGACUCAGUCUGAUGUCGGUGCUGUGUUUCUGUGUGUGGCUCAGAUGGAGCAUGUCCCCCCCUAUGACGUGGUUCCCUCCAUGAGACCCAUCAUCCUGGUUGGGCCGUCGCUCAAAGGAUAUGAGGUAAGUAAGGGAUAUAUGCCCAAGGAGAGAGUUAUACAGAGUGAGCAGGGACCUGAGAGACUCUUCUGCUGUAACAACAGCGUCGUUUCAUUUUCAGGUCACAGAUAUGAUGCAGAAAGCGCUCUUCGACUUCCUGAAGCACAAGUUUGAGGGCAGGUAAGAAAAAAAAACGUACACCAAUUACUACAUUGACAGAUUUCUGUUCACGUACCUGCUAACAGCUGGUGAACUGGAUCUGUGUUUGUCUCAGGAUAUCCAUCACACGGGUGACAGCGGACAUCUCCCUAGCCAAACGCUCAGUCCUCAACAACCCCAGUAAACACACCAUUAUCGAGCGCUCCAGUACCCGCUCCAGCCUGGGUGAGAAAACACAUACAAAGCAGUCCAUACCAGAGUUUUCUGUUUUACUGAUGUUUGAGUUCAGUGAAAGGUGACAUCACAACAAAAGACAUAUCUGUUCAUCACAUCCUGUUGGUUUAAAUCCAUAUAAACACAUUUCACUAUUUGUGUAUCAUAUCCUUAUUGUUUUGGGUGCGCCUCGUACUUGUUUAGAUGAAUAGGUCGCUUGUUUCAGCAGCUGGUGACUGUGUUUUCCAAAUGCCACUCAAACAGGAGGGCAGUGUGCAUUUUUAAAAGACUAUUUUCAUAAGUGAAGCAAUGCACAUUUGUUGCUUUAGUCAGCAUUCACAAAAGCAGGAUGUUGUGUGUGGCUCAAAGUAAAUCACUGCCUGUUCUAAUGAUAUCGCAGAAACACAUACCAGUGUAGGUUAUUCAUGAUUUGAUUGGUUUAUUCAUGAUUGAUCAGAUCAAAUUAAAGAGUCACACCUAUGUCACUGCAAAGAUGUCCACAUUUACAACUUUAACCAUACACAAGGACAUGUUUGCCAAUAGAAACUUGACUUACAAACUGCAAAGCUACAGAAAAGUUUGAAUGCAGCAUUUUCCAAGUUUAAAAUUACAGUUUUAUGUCAGAGGCUUUAAAGGUGGACAUCCUCCCGAGACCUGAAAGUGUCAUGUUUUUCCCUUUUUACCUGCUCUGACUGCCUGACUCUGAUCGGACCUCCUUUCUCUUUCCUCAUCCUGUCUUUUUCCUCCCUUCACCCGCCCCCCUGACCCCUCUCACCCCACCUCCUCUCCCUCCCUCCAUCUCCCUCCAUCUCUUCCUUUUGAUUCAGACGUACUGGGUACGUAUGCUCUCCUCGUGAUGAAAAACAACGAAGCUGCUCUCCUUCCUCCCUCCUCUCAUUUUUCUUCUCACUUUAUUCAUCGUCUGCUCAUCCAUCGUUUGUCUGCUCGUCUGCUUGGCUGUCAGUUUCUCUGUUCCUCAUAUUUGUUGUGUGUGACAGCCAGUUGUCUCGAACAAAAAGAGAAGCCUUACAAAACCAAAGCAGAAAUAGAUCAGUGGGAGGGCAGCGGGGUGGCUGGUUCCUGCUUUUAACUGUGACAGGAAUGAGCAGAGAGGGAAGUUGAUACUUUCUCCUGUCUACCAUGUAUGACCUACAUAUUUAUGCUAUCCAUUUCUAUGUUUUCACCUGUACCCAGGAAAAGCUCUCUUGGAAGCUGCACUUUAUAUCCCUCAGUCCUUGCAGGGGUGCAAGUUUCCCUUAAAAGCCGAAUCCAAAUUUGCAGUAGUUAGUUGAGAUUCAUGGAAGCUUUGCCUUCCUCUUCUUUAACUAAGUGAAAGUUCAUGCGUCUUAUCACCAGGCAAAGGCCCUGUGUUUCUGCCUCCAGCUUUAAGUCUCCAUCCUGCAGCUCUCUGGAGGCUGCAGGGUUGUACGCAGGCCUCUGUCUUUCUGCAGAUUGCCUUGCUCCUGUUAUCUCAUUCAGGUGCUGGGCCGGCAGCAUGCACACCUCAGAGGCCAGACAGACAGACAGACAGGGAACAUUAUGGUUUACGCUUUUAAUCUCUGUCCUCACAUGUCAACAGACUGAUAAAAAAAUAAGAAACACCAGCAACAGUGCUUGAAAUCCUAAAUAACAAGUUUUAUCUGCUUUUGUUGAGGAACAAUGAAAACAAAACACCAAGCAGUCCACCGAGUUGAGUAGUUUACCUGAUAGAAUAAUUGCUGCUGUGCCUGUUAGUGCUAACAAGAACUAAUGUUCCACUUAAUUUGUCUGAUGGGGGUGUUUGUAUUUUUUUUCUGUUGUAUUUUCAUGGUGAGAAAUUGUGCCCUUAUCAUUAGUAAUUACAAGUGCCACAGGCAUCUCAUUCUUAAGUGCCUCCUUCCUCCGCAGCUUUGAAUGAAAAAAAAAAAAAAAGAAAAGCCGAAGCACAUGAGGAAACUGUAAAUGUUGGGAGGUUACGACAGAAUGAGGAUGCUGCACUGCUCCAUUUAGCUGUGCAUAAAUGGAGCUUCAACUGUGAUCUGAUCUUAUUCAUGUGCUUGGAUCUCCAGUACUCCUCAAACUUAAACAUGCAUGAUGAAGCACUAACAGAUCUGUUAUGUACUUGUGCACCUAGCAGAGGUAGUAUGGCUGUUAUAUACUGCAGUAUCUGCUCAGAGAAAGACAUCUACUCUGCACACUCUCUCUGCUCUUACUGAUGUAUUCACUCUUUUUUUUUUCUGUGUCCUUGGCCUUCAGCGGAGGUUCAGAGUGAGAUUGAGCGCAUCUUCGAGCUGGCCCGCACCCUCCAGCUUGUGGCACUGGACGCAGAUACCAUAAACCACCCUUCUCAGCUGGCAAAGACCUCCCUGGCCCCUAUUAUUGUCUAUAUCAAAAUAGCCUCACCCAAGGUAAGGAGACCAAUACAGAGGAAGUUUUAAUCCCUAAGAUUUUUAUUCAGCCUAAAGUAGUGUUCCACGAAGUUUUCAGUUUUUGCAGAGCAGAGAUACAUCUGUAGCAAUAGAUAUCAAUAAAUGGUAGGAAUGUUCUAAUCUGGUAUUGAUAUCAGAUAUCGGUCCAACAUCAGCAAAAAAACAAAUAUUGGGUCAUACUGACCUGCAUCUAAAAUCUCUGAUAUCAGUACUCUAAUACAAGCAGUCCAUCCCAGACUCAGCUCCAUGACCUCUAUCUUGCAGUGCCCAGAUCCAGCAUGUAGAGCCCAUUUAAUCACAACAACAGUGUGUACUAAGGUACUUACAAGGUAGAGACGAGUAGGAGUGAUGUCAGCUGUGUGGCAGUAUUUUUUGUAUAAGUCCUAAAAAGACAUUGCAGCUGAGUGCAAAACUUUUCAUGCUCAAGUUUUUGCCAAUAUUGGAUCAAUAUCGGUAUUGGCCAUUACUGAAGGCUACAAUAUCAGUACCAUUUCGGAAGUAAAAAAGUUGUAUCGGGAUUCCCCUAAUAAAUGGUUCAGAGCAGUCUUCGCUAUCAGCAUUGUUUGCUUUUAUACUCAAUGGUUACCAAAUCAGCUCAUAUCAAACUGAAUUAAUUAAAAUCCACUAGUUCCGUUGGACUGUCAGCCUGUUAAAGAUAAACUUUUCUGUGAGCUUCUCAACCCCACAGAUAAUUUUGGUGUGUUUCCGACCAAUCAGAGGCUGUAUCCGUGAUCAGUUUACCUUCAAAGGUUCAAUCAGAAGUCAGGCUUUUCCAUCUGCGCAAAGCCGUGAAGGUCAUAAAACUUGUAAUAAGAUUUGUGUUGUUGACAAAGAAAACAGGAAUUGAUGAGUUUAUCAAUAUAGAAGAAGCAUGGUGGCGUUGGUAUCGAUUAAGUCUUAUUAAUCCCUAUCCCUAGAUAUUUGACAGGAAAAAAAGCACAAUUUUCGUAGACAAACAAGACAAGUGACAGUAAUCUGCUAAAAUCCAAGCCAAAGAAACAUUACAAAGCCUGUCUUGCUUUUGGGUUCACAUUGGGACAUGAGGAGAGACCAGUUUAUAGUCUGUGUCUGAAAACAUUGGCAGAUGAUAGAAGUGUACCCAACAAAUAAAAACCAGACUCAGAAACAUCACAGUCUGGUCACGUCAAUGAACUACUUGAGGUCAUUCUGUUACAGCUGCGUCAGUAAAUAUGAAGCACUCAGUGCUUCAUACAGAGUUGGGGAGUGUAAGAAACCACACACAAAAUUAUAAAUAACUGAGGCUGAUACAGCAAGAUGAAAAUCUUUAAUUUUUUAAAAUUGCACAAAGACUGUUGUUGCAGUUUAGAGACCACAGCCACACAAAGUGUUUUUUUUUUAAAGUUGGAAGAGAGGUCGUUUGUUUUCUUUGUAAUUGCAAAUGUUUAAAAUAUAAUCUUAUAAAGAAAUUAAUGAGAAAAUAUCACAGUGUUCAGUUUCAACAGUGAAGUUUUUUUUUGCAGCAAUAUGAUUGUAAUCUUUUUUACAUUUGAUGUAUUUUUGAAGAAGUACAGUGUUAUUAAGCGCUAAAUUUCAUAAAGGGCUGUGUUACAUAAAACUGAGUCAUUCUUUUGUAGCAAACAAUGUUUUUUAACAAGUUUUUUCUGUUUAAACACACACAGCGUUUAACACAGUUCCGUAACGUAGAGGCCAACGUCACAAAAAAGGGUUUGAUAGAUCAGGUCACAGAAAUGUUUCUUUUUCUAAGGGGGUUGUGGCAGAACAUUUUGAACCCACUGAUGCAAACAGUUUGUCACGUUUAAUGGUUGUUUGUUUGGUUGCACUGCGCACAGACUCUGACAUCUUGUGUAUUAAUCCUCAGAAAGUAGUCCCUUAAAGUGUGAAACCUACCCUAAGAAUUCUGGGAUAUGUAUUUUAAAAAAGCUCAAAUCAACCAGGACUGAUUUCUUACAGAUAUUAACUUAAAACGUUGGCCUGAACUUUGAACAGACAUAAACAUGUAAGCUCUUAAUUUUCCCAUUUUAACAUUUCAUUAGCAAGAAUUAGUAAUCAGAGAUAAGUAGAUAUCUAAGCAAUGUUUUAAAGAAAAAUCAAGAAUUAGAAGCAUUAAAAUAAGGUUUUGCUCUUCUUUAAAGUUAAAAUUCCUUUUUUGUUUAUUUCUUUAAAUUGAUAAACCGAUUUUUUUUUAGUAAAGGACCAUAUUAACAUUUCAGAGUGUCACAGAAUCCCCAGUUGACACUGAUUCAUUAUUGAAGGCUUUAUAAACUCACCUCUGUGCGACCCCAUUCACAUAAAUGUUUGUUUUUCAGCUGACAAAGUGUAGCUGUCUCCCUUCAGGUCCUCCAGAGGCUCAUCAAAUCCAGAGGGAAAUCCCAGGCGAAACACCUAAACGUGCAGAUGGUUGCGGCAGACAAAUUGGCCCAGUGCCCACCUGUGAGUUUUUCUUCAUCGCUUGAGGCGACAAAAGGAAGAAUUUCAUUUUAGACAAAACAAAUAAUGAGUUGUGGUUCCAUUCAACCAGAAAAUUGAUUUUCUGUACAUGCAGGAACUGUUUGACAUCAUCCUGGAUGAGAACCAGCUGGAGGAUGCCUGCGAGCACCUGGCAGACUACCUUGAGGCGUACUGGAAGGCAACACACCCCCCGAGCAGCAACCCUCCUAACCCUCUGCUCAACCGCACCAUGGCCACAGCCGCCUUGGCCGCCUCCCCUGAGCCCGUCUCCAACCUGCAGGUACAGGUGCUCACCUCCCUGCGUAGAAACCUGGAUCUGUGGCCUGACAUGGACGGUGCUGUAGCGACUGAAGGGAAAGAGGAAGAACACACGCUCUGAAGUCUAGCAGAGAGCGGGAUGGGGACUCCGGCAACUCAACUUCAACCUCAAAUUAGCAGCUUGCUCCCUUUAUCCUCAAGGAAAAGUGCAUCAAAACCCUGUUUGUGCAGAACAUAUUCAGACAGAUACACCCAUGCAGGCCUUUAUAAAUGAUCUAGUUUAUUUCCCACAUAUAAAAAAAAGCCAGUUUGAGAACACCCACAGGUACAAUUACAUGGGUAGCAUAUUAACAGGUCGCUGUUUACUUCACCGCACUGACAGAGCAGCUCACCUUAAAACCACUCUGGACUUAAGGAAUAACCAUGCGGCACCCCUGCCCUCCGCGGCCCACUCCCUCCCCCUUCUCUGUAAUCAAGAGUAAAAUGAUAUCUGCUGCCCCCCUGCUCUCCUCUCUUUAGCUCUGUGGCCUCCUUUCUCCUGCACUUUUCUACUCUGGGAGGCUGAAAUCCAGUUUGCUGUCCUCCUCCGUGUUGCCAUGGCACCGCCCCUGAAAACAGCAAGUCAUGUCCGCCUCUUCAAACAGAAACGCUCAGUUUGGUGGAGGCUGUUGCUAACACUCUGUCCAUUUUGAUCUUUAAUAACUAUUUUAAUUAGUAAAGUACUAAUCAGCUACAUCUUUUCUAAUUCACUGACAGAGAGAAAUGCUGCUAAUCAUGUUUGGGAUAUUUAUGACAGCCGGUUGGUGCCACAAUGCACCAACUGGCUGAUAAACAUGCAUUGUAAUUCUAUGAUAUUUAGGCUUUUGUUAAAGAGGAAAUUAAACCAGCCAAAGGAAUAUAAGUGACAUUAUAAUAGGGGUUCGUCGGCAUGUCUUUAUUUAUACAAAGCGAGUCAUUAUGGGCAUCUAUUGUCAUAGAGUACAAUCAGCUUAAUAAUCAUUUAAUAGAGGUGUAUCUGCUUUUAUCUGUCAUGUGGUCAGUCUGCCAGAAGGUGGCACUGUGUCCAUGGUAGACACACAGUCUGCUUCUUGCUCUGAGUGUUUUUGUUUUUGCAGGAAAGUCAAUAAGACUUCAUUUGUUUGGUCAGCCCAAUGCUUUUGAUUCUGUAGACUAAUUUGAGUACAGGACAGUGUGUGUGUGUGUGCAUGCUCUGUUGAAGGAUGUGUGCUGUAAACAAACUAAUGUUAGAGGACAAAGAUGUAAGUCUUUUCUUAUGUUGCCUGUUUCCUGCUCACCCUGCUGACUAACCCUUACUACACUCACACUUUGGUUUCGCUCUGCUCUUUGUGUGUCUGCAUGGUUGCCGUGCUGCAUGGCUGUGGCGGCUGCAGGGGCCGUACCUGGUGCACGGAGAGCAGAAGAGAGAGGGGCCUCUGACAGAGAGUGGAGGGAGCGACACCAUGCAUGACUAUCAGACAGACCUGGGAGGAAAACCUCAGCAGCAGCAGCAGCAACAAACAUACAUGCGUUCCUCUCGUGGUCAGCUGCGGGCUGGCAGUGGGCGAGGCCUGUCACGGCAAGACACCUUCGACUCUGAGACCCAGGGCAGCCGGGACUCGGCCUAUACCGAGGCCGGCGACUCCUGCAUGGACAUUGAGACCGACCCCUAUGAAGAGCCUGAGCCCUACAGAGGCGGCGGGGGCAGCCGACUCCACCUGGCACAGCAUCAUGGCAGACAGGCCUCCUGGGAGGACGAGGGCGCUGAGCCAGACCAAGAAAACCUGAACCACCCUCCUAUGCCAAGCCAAACACAGCCUCAUGGGAGGGCCAAGCUUAGGGAGCGGUACUGCCAGGACCCUGUGGACACGGGGGCCCACAAGAGCCGCAACAAGAACCAAGACGACUGGGGACGGGAUGUCUACAUCCGCUGA